CAAAUACCGGUCUCCCUAUUAGACUUCGUCUUAGUGUAUUUCGACUCGCGGAGCGACGCGGUGGUCCUUAAGGGACGCAUUCCAUAAGUAAUCCCUCGCGACGUCUACUCCGUUUUGAUUAGACUCGAGAGAAGUCGCGACUCGAGAUUUUCACGAGUAGAAGUCUCGUCUGGCUGUCUCGCGUAUAUAUAACCGCGAACGGGGCCUCACGGAAACCCGAAGAGAGACGAGGCACGUGUAACGAACGCCUGCGACGUAUUUGACGACGGUGCUAAGAAGCUCGCAAUAACGAAGACGCGGACUGACAACGGCUCGAGUCGGGCCAUUUUCGAUAUACCUCGGCCAGGGGAUGGACAGGGGUGAAUCGAGUUCAACGCGGCCCUCGGCAUCCGUAAAGGCGCAAACCAAAGCGUAGUCCAGUCCUCGUGGCGGAAUCCCAAGAAACAUGCGCCAGUCGGAGUGGCGCAGCCCCCUGCGAAAACCACCGAAGUUGCUCCGCUAGCGUCGCCCUUCCGUUCGCCCUUCCGUUCGCCCCUCGGCGGCCACUCGACCCACCGAACGGCUCGCUGCUAUGGGUCCGGCACGAUGAAGCCUUCCAUGAAGAUGGGGGUGAUCGCCUUGGUGGGAAUCUGCGUGGUCUUCUACCAGUAUCACCUGUCGACGGGCAUCAGGCUCGAUCAGGUGUCGGCCUACGGAACCGGAGGAUCCGCCGACGGAGCAGAGGUCGGCGAGGAUGCCGGGGUCGAGGUCGUCCCUCCCAGGAUCACCGAAGAAACCAUUCGGGCCGCCGUGUACAACGUCCAGCUGGCGACGGGGCUGAGCCCCGAGGUCGGCGACAUGCUGGUGCAAUCGCUGUUGAGCCAGCUGGGCAAGGAGGGGACGGCGCUGUCGGCCACCCCGACGAAGCCCGCCUGCGGACCCAACGUCAAGGACGACGACUCGGUUCCGAUGCCCGAUCCCAUCUACGUCGUGACCCCGACCUACAGGAGGCCCGAACAGAUCCCCGAGCUCACCAGGAUGGCGCAGACCCUGAUGCUCGUCCGGAACGUUCACUGGCUGGUCGUCGAGGACGCCACGGAGCCGACGCGUCAGGUCACCGAGCUCCUCCGCAGGACCGGCCUCAAAUUCGAGCACAUGAUCGCUCCCAUGCCGGACAAAUACAAGCGAAAGAAGGGCGCCAAGCCGCGGGGGGUCUCCAACAGGAACCGAGGCUUGCAGUGGAUCCGGGCGAACGCGACCAAGGGUGUCUUCUACUUCGCGGACGACGACAACACCUACGAUCUGGACCUCUUUGCCGAGAUUCGCAAGACGAAGAAGGUAUCCAUGUUCCCGGUGGGACUGUGCACGAAAUUUGGGCUGAGCUCGCCGAUCGUCAAGGGCGGGAAGUUCGCGGGCUUCUACGACGGCUGGAUAGCGGGGCGGAAGUUCCCGGUCGACAUGGCCGGGUUCGCGGUGAGCGUUCAGUUCCUGCUGGAGCGGCCUAACGCGACGAUGCCCUUCCGGGCGGGCUACGAGGAGGACGGAUUCCUCAAGAGCCUGGCGCCCCUCGAGCCGAAGGAUAUCGAGCUGCUGGCCGACGACUGCACCAGGGUCCUCGCCUGGCACACGCAGACCAAGAAGAACGAACCGAGCGCCCCGCUGGAUCUGCAACAGCACGGCGGGACGAAUCUCGUCGUCCUCAAGCAACAGAUCGUAUGAUGCCGACCGCCCUCGUCUCGUCAGGGUUCGCCAGGUGUCCCCGGAUCUCCCCGGGUCGGAGCGACCAGUGCCUAUCGCUGCUUCCUUGCUCCGCGGGUGGCGCGCCUUUGCCGGUAGCUAGGGGGACGAGAAAUCUCGGGACCCACGCGGGGAAUCCGCUCCGAAGGAAACGGGCGAUCGGGCUUGGUCAGCCUCCGUUUUUCUGGAGGGGAGGGUAGACCUCGGAAACGAACUCGAUCGAGUCCGGCCGCGCAACCUUACCCCCGGGGUUCUGUGGGGACCGGAAUCGGCCUCGCUCUCUCCGCACAAAUUGCUCACGUAGACCAGGCGAAACGAGUCCUGGGAAGAGAUUUCCCGGUGGACUCCUAUGUAGGGUGUUUUUCCACACGAGUGUGCGCGAUUCCGCCUUGCAUGUGUUCGAUUUAGGGACUCGGAAAACCGUAACGGCGAUUCGGUGGGACGGCUCUCGGGAACGACCCGAGAGUGCAGGAUUCGGCCCGCGGGGAGAACGUUUCGACCUUAUUAAUUGAUUAGGACGCUCGUAUCGAUAUCGAUUACCCUGCCCGGUCGACUUUGAUAGCGAUCGGAUUCGUAUCGAGAUACGUUGAUCGAUUGGAAAGCAAGGAGCCGUUCGCGCUCCCGGAAUGGCGUGAACUUCCUGGCAAACCGAGGAUGGUCAGAGUAUACGGUGCGCGAAAGGACGCCUCUCGAAUUUAUAGAAUUUUCUUUCCAAAGUUUCUCGAGUACUUGCCCCACCGGAAUGAAUUUCUUAGCGAUACGAGAAGGGGGGAAAUUUCUGCGGUAGAAGCGGACGCAUCCCUUUGUACCUUUUAUGGCGACCGAUGUAUAUUUGUAGGGUCGUGGAGUAGAAAGAGAAAAAAAGAAUGCCAGUGCGAGUAACGUUCAAGGAACGCGGGUCGAUUUAAGAUGAUAUGAAACCAUUAUUCGAGAGGUCAAUUGUUCGUGAAACUUUUCUCGGAGCUGGGUGUACCGAAUCGUUUCAAAUUUUACAAGGUGAAUACGAAGGCUACAAGGAAGAGCCCGACCCUCACAAAAUUUCAAUUUUUGUACAAAAUUUUGAAAAUAUCUACAAAGUUUUAAAAAAUGGAAAUUUCACGGGUGUCCGGAUGUUCCUUACAGUCUCCCCAUUUACGAUGGAAAGUUUGAGACGGUUCGGUACCCCCGGUUCAGAGAGAAGUUUCACGAACGAAACCUUUUCGACGCCACUUUCGUAUCACCUUAAGCGUAUCCAUUCUGUGCGCAUAGAAGGCUGUUAAAAAUUGUUGAACGGGCGUUAACGCACGUUCUACCCCCUGCACUGUCCAGUCGAUGGCGUAACGCUUCCAUUGAAAGGUAUUCAAGAACGUUUUAUAUCCUUGUAUAAAUAAGGGCCAGGCUCGCGAUAGAUACGUGUAAAUUGAUUUUAAAACGAUAUUACGGCGUCUAAGUGAAAAUUGCGGAGGCUUUUACAAAGUGGAGUAACGGGGCGGUCGUUACUCCGAGGGCUGUGCGUAUUAUAUCGAUGAGACUAAAUAUUUUUCUCUAUGUCGCCCAUGCGGAGAGGAAUGAUUAUUGUCCUCCGUAUUGGAGAUCGAGGAUUAGGUUUAGAUAGAGAUACGAAUGCGCUUCCCUGCGCGCCGUGAACCCCAAACCUACCGAAUUGACGACAGACCGGUAAUUAAGGGCGUUGGUUAGUUGCGAAAUGCAUUUUAAUCGAAGUGAGUAUAAAAGAGAAUGUAAAGUCGUAUGAAAUAUUCACCGACGAGGUUGUUUUCCUUAAUAUUUUAAGGAGUACUUGAGGUGAAGAAAUUUAAAAAUGUUUAAAAAUGGCAAAUUUGUGGAAUAUGGAAGUUUUUAUUAUUUUUUUUUCCACGAUCUACAGGGUUUUAACGAAAACAGAAGCUCCAAAACGAAGAGUUAUGGUGGUUUUAGAGACCAGAGAAUAUUGUUUAGGACACGACGGCACGGAUUUUUGACGAACCGAAUGAUUUUUAACAAAUGAAUUAGCUCCGCAAGAAAAUAUUUUUGAUACCCUUGUAUUUUUUUCAAGUUUACUUCGAUUAAAACGCGUUUUACAACCUACCACCCCCCUUAAAGAAGACUUCCUCCUCUGCUCUUUAAUUUUCGAGCUGGCACCGCGAGGAGUUGGGUGCGAGUUCGAAUUCGCUCCUCGUUAUCAGGAGACGAGACCGUACGUCACUUUAGGCUUCGCUACGUUCGAUUUCACACAUUCCUGAUUCUGUGCUCUUCUUCGGAUCUACGAGGACCAAGAAGAGACCCUUCGCACGGUUCCUAUGUAGCUCGAUCACGUUCGCGGUCUCUAACGCGGUUCUGCUAUUUCGUUAAAGCGGGAUAAAAAGAAAGUGCUACCCUUUAGGAUAUAGUCCAAUACGCGGGGAGAGCCGAGAGAAAGAUAUCUCCUUUCCGAUUGUUACCUUCCAAAGUUAUUUUAUACGUUAAUUUUCAGUAUGUCUCAGUAUUUAAGAUCCAGAUAAUUUUAUUUAAUUUUCCUGAAAGUUGGGUUUUCAAGUUUUUUUUUUUUUUUUUGGGGGGGGGACUACACCCGACUUUUUAAAUCACAAAUCACAAAUCGAAUUUGGUCGCUUUGUCCGACCGAAAAAUGUCCCCAAAGAACGGUGACGUUUAAUUGCAGUAUCCAAAAAAUGUUUGUACGAUUUUCCGUUCUCCGAAGGGAACGCCAUUCCCCGUAACACGUUAAAAAGACCUGUUGUCAAGCAAUAAUAUAACUACGAUAAUAACAUUUAACGAAAGGCCGUUGCGAAGUAACGCGUAUAUGCUUUAGGUGAACGAGAGGUCGACUUGACUCUCUAAGAGACGCAGAAUUCGCACCAGUCUGGAGUCGAGCGAUCGGGAGUUUUAAAAUCAAAGUAAAUUAAAAAUACCCCACUGAUGCACGCGUUUCAAUAUUAGGGAAAUGGUGCGCGAGGCAAAUCCGAGUCUCUCGAUGUAGGUCAGAUCACUUAAGGGGGUACGAUAGUGGCAUCCGAAGAGUCAAUCGUUUAUUAAAACUUUUUUCCGAUCUGGGGGUGCCGAAUCGUUGCAAAUUUUACAACGUUAACAAGGAAGCUACAAGGAAGGUCCUGACCCACAUGAAAUUUAAUUCUUUAUAACACAUUUUUUAAAUAUCUAUGAACUAAUGAAAAAAAAACCACGAGUUUUAGG